AUGGCCCGGUGCAAGCUAGCACGGACGAAGCAGGUACCUGACGAAGCUGGUGGUGGCCUGGGAUGGCCUGGGAUGGCUCUGGGAUGGCCUCCGAUGGCCUGGCAUGGCCUCCGAUGGCCUGGCAUGGUCAACCGACGACCUCGUGACGCUCAUUUUGUCGUCCCGCCAUUGGCGAGCUUCACCCAAACCAGCAGGGCGGCCCCGGCUAGUGUUGUUCGUGACGCCGUGCCUCCUUUCCCAUUCGCCUCUCUCGCCGGCGGCCAAGCCAGCCAAGCCAAGGUCCGAGGGCAGGUCGAGGCUAGCCCCCAUGGCGAGCAUGCCCCGCAUUCGCAGCCUUGGUCCCAUUCGUCGUCGUCGCCGCUCGCCACGCUCAAUAUCGUCGCUACCAGCCUCUUGGCACGCGUUGGCCACACCCGAUUACGUACCGCCCUUUUCUCUGCAGCCCUUGUACUCCUCACCCGCGUUGCCGCUGCCGUUGCCAAGAAGGUCGCCUCUCUGAUCGGUCGGGAUCGGGGAACUUGGCACCCACCCCCCCAGCACAAGGGUGUGUGCACUCGUAGGGAGUACGAACCCCGUCGCUCCGAGCAAUGGUUGCACGCAGCCGUGUCGUCGUCGUGCGCCCAGACUUUAGAAGGGCAUAGCGACGACACUCUCCGUGUGGGCGGGCUGGCGGACCAAUGCGUUGUCAGAUGCACCGGAGCCCAGCAAUAG